AGCUGUAAAUCACGUGACUUGAGGUUGAGAGUGAAAACAAAGAUGGCGGCGGGGACGGUGAAGACGAGACGAACGUUUUUAGUGAUUUUUCUUUUUUUCUCGCUUCUUUUUUCUUCUUCAGGUCAAAGUUCGUUCACGCGACAGUUGAUUGUGCAGUUGAACCCUGGCUGGAGUGCACCGGCGCCUCCUGGUGGUGACCUGCUGCACAUCAGAGCUGUGGGAGACAAUGACACGCUGCACUUCCUGUUCUGCAGCCAGGGGGCGCCUACGCUGCUGCUUGUCCACACCAACUCCUCUUCUUCUUCUGUCAAGGUCGACUGGACACCGUUUUUGGCUCGAAACACCACGGGCAGCCUGAGGGUGGAGCCAGAGAGCAGCGUCCUGUCCAGCACUGCGCUCGUCUUCAGCAGGGUCGGAGACGUCCACCUUAAAUCAGCCCAGACCUUAAAUCCACACACACAGGAAGUGAACCUGUCUCUCUCUCUCUCUCAGUUGCUUGAGUACGAUGACAUCAACGACACGGCCUCGAUGACCUCUGACCUCUUCCCUCCGUACGAGCUGCAGAACCUGAGCUGGUCUCGUAUGAACUCGUCUGAUCCGUUUGCUCCUCUCUGUGGAUCCGUGGUCAACAGCAGCGGCUCCAUCUGCCUGCAGUUGUCGGCGUUUGAGUCGGAGGGGCGUGGCCAGAGCUGGCCCCGCCUCUUGCACACAGCUAACUCCUCCCAGCUGGGGGUGUGGCUUGACGGCGUGUCGCCAAGAGCGGCUCGUUCCAGGUUCAUGCUGGAGCUGCAGGCGGUGGGCGGAGCUUAUCCUCUGAGCAGAGUGGAUGUCCAUCGAUCAAUCGAUGACGAGUUCACGCCGUCCAUUUUCAAGGCGUCUCACUGGGUGUCUUCGGCAAACGGCAGCUCUGAAGUCGUGGGUUUCGUGCGUUGGCGCUCCGUGGCGUUUCGUCGCUCUAAACCAGCGCUGGAGGAUGCCACGCCGUGCCGUAACUCCGCCCCCCGUCCACAGAGCAGCGAGGCGGCGGCGUCCGGUCUGAUUCGAGCGUUUUACUCCAAUGUGGAAACGUUUGGUCUGAACGUGAGCUUCGGCCUGGCGGGAGAACCGUUCUACAACAGCACACGCUUCCUGUCCUGGACACUGCUCAUGGGCGUCGGCUCUCCUCCCGUCGACUCCUUCUCAGCACUCGUCGUCGCCGUCAUGGCGGUCGGGCUGGGAGCGCCGGUGCUGGUCCUGUUAGUGGGUGGAGUCUGGAUCUGUGCGCGCAAGAGAGCGAUGGAGCCGACGGCAGCCUACGAGCCAAUCAACUGACAGCUGAGUGUCAGAGACUUUAGACUUGAUGAUGUCAUCGGUCCAGGCGACCAAUUUGAUUCUUUUUUGUUUUUUAAAAGACCUUUUAAAUCUUUCCAUUUUUUUAAUGAUUGUGUUUUUAAAGUCAUACGACAGAAGUUUCCGAUGUUUUUUGUCGUCUUUUUCGUAUGAAGUUAAUUUUAAAGAAGUCGCACAAUCGU